AGUAUGUAGAAUUACAAUAACUGGUCUUCCAAUGCCCUUGACACUUACCAAAAUGGCUGCUAAACACAAGUAUUCUGUUCUUUUGCCUACUUAUAAUGAACGAGAAAAUCUACCUAUUAUUGUAUGGUUGUUAGUUAAAUAUUUUUCAGAAGGUAAUAUAGAUUAUGAGAUAAUCAUCAUCGAUGAUGGCUCUCCAGAUGGGACACUGGAAGUAGCAAAACAGCUACAAAAAAUAUAUGGUGAAAAGAGAAUAGUUCUUCGACCGAGAGAAAAGAAACUUGGCUUAGGAACGGCAUAUAUACAUGGAGUUAAACACGCUACAGGAGAUUUUGUACUGAUAAUGGAUGCUGAUAUGUCACAUCAUCCAAAAUUCAUUCCACAAUUCAUUGAAAAACAAUUAGAAGGUGAUUAUGAUGUAGUUACUGGAACUCGCUAUGCUGGAGAUGGUGGUGUACAUGGUUGGAACUUUAAACGUAAAUUAAUAAGUCGAGGAGCAAAUUAUGUGGUACAAGUUUUGUUACGACCUGGUGUAUCUGACAGUACAGGAAGUUUCAGAUUAUAUAGAAAAGAAGUUCUGGAAAAACUAGUCAACUCAUGUAGAUCUAAAGGCUAUGUCUUUCAGAUAGAAUUGAUUAUCCAGGCCAGACAUAUGGGUUAUUCAGUUGGGGAGGUACCAAUCUCAUUUGUUGAUCGAGUGUAUGGUGAAUCUAAGUUAGGAGGACAUGAGAUUAUAGAAUGGAUGAAAGGAAUAUUAUAUUUAUUUGCUACAACAUAAUAGAAACUACCAUUGCCACAAAAAUUAAAAAUAACAUGUAAAUAUU